AUGGGUGAUGCGGCGUCGACAACAUCGAUGCCCCCACCGACCGCUGGUACCACGACUGCAACUGCGCACCCAACCUCGAAAGCAAUAGCGGCCGGAGCGACACCAACGACGACGACGACGACGACAACGACGACGACAGCCGUUCAUGAGCAAUCGCCCGAGGCACCGCACCCUCACGCCAUGAUGACGAGUGACGAGGUCGAUGCUCUUGUUCAUUCCUACCUCCAAGAGUCGGGUAAGUGACGGGGUCAGGGCGAGGCGCGAGGCGGGGCACCGUCCUGGGUGGAUCUGGGCCUGGCGCGGGCGAGUAUUGUGUGUGAUGCCUGGCGGGCGGACGACCCACGACGACCCAGCACGACGACGACGACGACGACGACGACGAUGGGGACGCCAAUCCGAUGGAUGAAUGUCACACUCCCCGCUCGACGUGUCCCGACGUGUGCAGCGAAUUCCGGGAACAUACAUGAUGGCAUGUUGGGUCGGCCAUGGUGCGUUGCAGUGUACGCACGGGGGCAUCGGUCACGCCCUCCCUCCGCCCCUUUGCCCGCCUGCUCGCCGCCCGCCAUUUGACGUUUCGAGCCAGCGCGAGCGCCAACACAAAGCAGCCCCAUGGGAUCGUCGCUGUCGUUCCCAACCUCCGGCGCUCAAGCUUCAUUCCGACCCACCACAUUAUCAACAUCAACUGACACAUCACUGCCUCUCGGCUCCCGCAGGCUACACUCACACAGCCUUCUCGCUCAUGCACGAGUCGUCGCUCGCUGGUCCGACCUCGUCGUCGUCCUCGGCGGCUUCGACACCCAUCAACGGACGCAAGAACGCCCUCAAUGCAGUGCUCGACCACUCGAUCCCGCCAGGUCAUCUCGUACGGAUACUGCAAAAGGGGCUGCUCUACCUCGAAGCGGAGGCACGGUAUCGAGGCGUCAGUCCAGCACACCCGCUCCCAAGUGAUCACUUUACCAACGUCCCUCGACUCGCCAGCUGACUUGAUCUCUACAUCGUGCGGUCUUCAUAGGACCCCAAGGAACUUUCACCACGGUUGAUCGGGUACACGAUCCCCAACACAAUGCCGCUACCACCGUUACCCAGGGUCGUGCACAAGCAGCCCUCGCCCACAUUACCCACAGCGACAACAACAGCUGCGAGCGCCGCCCAAUCCACCUCAACACCAUCCACUUCUUCCGCUGUUCCACCCCAGCAACCGUCUGAACCCAGCGCAGCCGCAGCAGCACCUCGAGCGUCGACCCAAGCAACCUCUUCGAACAAGUCCGAAAAGGCCAAGGGAAAAGAGAAGGAGUUGAGCGCCAGCUCGACAUCCAAUCUGAAUGGCAAGCGAAAAGGAUCGGACCGGGACUUUGUCAGCUCCGAGGUCGGCAAACGACCCAAGAUGACCGCCAGCGACGGCUCCUCCAAGCGAGGACCCAAAGCGAAUGGCGCCCAUGCCGAUGAUGCGAUGGAGGUCGACGCGGCGUCACCGGCUGCCCCGACGACGACCACGGCGACGACGAAGAAGAAUGGACAUUCUGCCAGUUCGACACCUCGGUCCGUCUCUCCGAACGUGCAGAGAAAACCGAAAUCGAUCCAAACAAGUGCCGAUGGCGUUGCCAAUCCAAAAAAGCGACCCACAUCAAUGUCGAGCACCGGGGCAGGGUCGGCCAGCGUCACGUCGACACCGACGAGUCCAUCCGAUACGACAACACCAUCCGAUCGUAGGGCGUCAUUGCCCGACGGGGAGAAGCGUAGUCAUGCCGAGCUGGUCAAGAUCAAGGCCGAAGAUGGCAGCGCACUCGACGAUUCGAACGACAAGAAGAAGAAGAAGCGGGGUGCUAAGCCUUCGAACGGGCCACCGCAUAAGCCUAGCUCGAGCGACUCGGCCGAAGUCUUUCCGACGGUCGACACAUCGAGAGCGUUGAAGUGGUCGGCGGAGAAGGGGCCUGUCAGGUUACUGCAGGGUCACACGAUCGCGGUGAGUGCCUUGCGUGCUGGUCACCUUUAGCCAGAGGGUGCAAAUGCUCAUUCGAACCCCCUUACUCGAAUCUUCUUGCAGAAAAUUCAAGCUUGCGCAUGGAACCCCAAGGUGCCAUCUCUUCUCGCAACGGGUGCCACGGACUCGACAUGCCGGAUAUGGGACGUGCCUUCCACACGAGCAUCUUCGUCCUCGCAGCAUCGAGACGUGCUCAAGGACAACAUCACACUGAAGCACUCGUCGGCACAACGACGCGUCGACGUGGGCGCAAUCGCCUGGGAUCCCAGCGGGUCGUUGCUCGCUACAGGAAGCGAAGAUGGCAUCGCCCGGAUCUGGACUGCUUCCGGUGAUCUGCAUCUCGUCCUGUCGAUGCAUCAACGCGCAAUCUUGUCUUUGCAGUGGAACCGGCUUGGAACGAUGCUUCUGACGGGGUCGAUCGACGGUACCGUCUGCCUCUGGGAGAUCAGCAGCGGCAAGGUCAAGCAGCAGUGGGCGACGCACGCCGAUUCGGUGCUGCAUCUCGACUGGAACGACGAUCAAACUUUUGCCAGUGCCUCGUCGGACAAGACCAUCCACCUUUUCAAUGUCGCACGCAUCACACCCGUCUAUCGCUUCAAAGGGCAUCGCGAUGACGUCAACUAUGUCAAGUUCUCGCCGUGUGGGACCUUGCUCGCUUCGGUGUCGGACGACUAUUCGCUUCGUCUGUGGUCACUGCGCAACAUUCCCGGGUUCCAAAUCGAGGAAUCCAAAGCCGCCGUUGACCGCGACGAGGAGCACCUCAUCGACAGCGAGGACAAUGGUGGUCAGCUCGUGCUCGAUGGCCACACUGCCGAUGUCCACGCUCUUGCAUGGUCUCCUUCUGCGACCGCACGACCCCGGCUCGUCGCUUCGGCCUCGUUCGACAACACGGCUCGACUGUGGGAUGCCGAUGCGGGUGUCUGCUUGCACACGUUCGCGUUCCACUCGGACUGGCUUUAUUCAAUCGCAUUCUCUCCCAACGGCGCGUUCCUUGCGACCGGAUCGAACGACGGCAAGUUGCUCGUGUGGCGCGUCAAGGAUCGCUCUUUGCACCUCGAAUACACGCACACGGGACCCGUCUACGAGCUCGCGUGGAAGGCCAAUGGGAAACAAAUUGCUGUAUGCGGCAAGUCGCACGACGUUGGCGUCAUUGAUUUCGACGAGAGCAAAGGUGGAGAAGGGGGAGCCGCUGCCGCUGGGAAGGAUGCGAACCCCCCGAGUUCGACUUGA